UGUUAAUCAUCUGAUGAACUGGUGUCAAGCCUGGAGAUAUAAUCGAACUAUUAAGUACGUUCGUGGUGUUUCUGUGAACAUUUAUCGACUUAUUUGAACCAUUCUUUGUUCGUUAUAUAGUACGUGACACAAAGUAAAAAAUUUACAAUGGGUUCUUCAACAUCGAGAGAAGAACCUACUCCCGAGCGCAGACCAAACGCUAUACCAACAGUUUCAAGUUAUCAACCAUGGGGUUCAUACCGUUCACCAGCAGAUCCACGACAUCAACCAACAGUUUCACAGCACCAAUCAGCAGUUUCACAUCGUCAACCGGAAGUUCCACAUUGUCAACCAGAAGUUCCACGUCGUGAACCAGCAGCUUCGCACCAUCCAUCGACAGUUUCACACCAUCAUCAACCAAGUGUUUCACGUUGCCAACCAGAAGUUUCACUUCGUGAUACAGUUGUAACACAUCAAUCGCACCAUCCAUCAUCAGCUUCACCUCAUCAUCAGUUAACAGUUUCACAACAUGGACCAACAGUUUCAAAUCGUCAGCCAGAAGUUCAACGUCGUGAACCAACAGCUUCAUACCAUCCAUCGUCAGUUUCACAUAAGCGAAACGAUUACGAGUCAGACGUGAAUACCACUGGCGAUGCCUUCGUACGAAGUGCAUUAGAAAAAUGCAAUUGCGAAACCGUUCUGCAAGUAUUCGUUGACAAUGAAAUCGACAGGGCUGCAUUUCUGCUGUUAACUGAAGACGAUCUAAAAACGUUACUGCCUACAAAAAUGGGACCGCGAAAGAAAAUAUGGGAAUUCAUUCAGGGUGUACGUGAUGCGGCAAUGAGUGACGAUGGACAAUUUCAGGACAUACAGUCGUCCUCCACUAAUUUACUGCCGCAUGUAGCAGAAACUAUCAUCUCGGAACAACUGGAUCACUUGGAUCUCACAGAUGAAAUGCCACAGCCUGUCACUGCAUUGACACCUUUUUCGCCAAACACUCGGACAGGACACUCUUCCAGUUCUUAUGACUAUGAUGUCUAUGAUGAUGAGAAUAUCGGAUUCACGAACGAACCAGCUCCACCACAGGUGGUUGUCAAUCGCAUGAAUCAGAUGACUUUAAAUAUGCAAAUCGUAAAUCAUCAUCACAACCGAUUUCCGGACUUUAAUUUCGGGACAGAUUUGAAUCGAUUUGUUGCUGAAGAGGCGACACAGAACGAGAGACAUGGCGCUGAGGGAAAUGUAAUGGCGGUGGAAUAUGAAUCAGUGGAACACAGUGCCGAGAAACAUAAACAAGUGGAACAUAAGAACGUGGAUCGUGGUUCAGUCAGAGCAGGCAACAAGCAGAAAAAUUUCAUUUACGAAAAACAGCAGAGCAAACCAUCAGUUUCGAAAAAUGUUCCACAUCCAUCCUUCCCAAGUACUAAAAAGCUUCCCAUUUAUCAGUACAAAAGCAAAUUCUUGAAGAUGGUGGAGAAUAACCCAGUCGUCAUCGUUAUUGCUGAAACUGGAUCCGGAAAGUCCACACAAAUGCCACAGUACUUGGCGAGGGCCAACUACGACAAAAAGAUUAUUUGCACUCAGCCACGUCGACUUGCAGCUAAGUCUUUGGCAAAGCGGGUCGCCUGUGAAUUUGGUACGAAAUUGGGUCAACAGGUGGGAUACCGAGUCAGAUUCGACAACUGUACGGAAAAUACAACGAAAAUCAGCUAUGUCACCGAAGGUGUUCUUGUGCAUGAACUCUCAACGGACGCUACCGCUAGCAACUAUUCCGUGGUGAUUAUCGAUGAAGCUCACGAACGGAACCUGAACACAGACGUACUGCUGGGUUGUUUAAAGAAAGCUGUUGCAUCACGGCCCGAUCUUAAGGUCGUUAUCAGUUCAGCUACCGUGGAAGCGAAAAAAUUCUCAAAAUUUUUCGAUCACGCUCCAGUCUUGGAUAUACCCGGUCGGUCAUUUCCAGUUGACAUUGUCUAUGACGGCAAUCUAGAUCCAGAUUACUUAACGGCCGUUGUCGACAAAGUGUGUCUUCUGCAUAGUUCACCAAAAACUGGUGACAUUCUCGUUUUCCUUCCCGGACAAGAAGAGAUCGAACAUGCUGCUGACACAAUAACGACCCGAAUUCGUGAUCGUCCCAACUUGUUUCUGAAAGACUUGGUCCUUCCGCUGUAUUCGAAACUACCUUCUGAACAACAAAAUUUAAUUUUUGAGCCAGCACCGCCGCAUACAAGAAAGAUUAUAUUGGCCACCAACAUUGCUGAGACAUCUCUUACGAUCGAUGGCAUUGUGUUUGUCGUUGAUAGUGGAAUGGUAAAGCAAGCUGAAUAUGUGACGAAGGGAAGUGGCGCAGCUCUGGAGUGUACAACACUUGUAACGAUUCGUAUAACGAAAGCUCAGGCAAAACAACGAUCCGGACGAGCCGGUCGAACACAGCCUGGUGUGGCCUAUCGUCUCUAUUCGGAAGCGACCUACAAUAAUAUGGCGGAGGCACCCAAACCGGAAAUACUGCGUGGCAAUCUGGAGAUGGUCGUGCUACUUCUAUUCUCGAUGGGUGUGACAAACAUUCUGCAGUUCGAGUUUCUUGACAGUCCACCCAUGGAUUCACUGUUAACUGCGCUUGAAAAGCUCGAGGAAUUCGGGGCGCUGACUAAAUCAUCGCCUAACGAGUACUGUAUAACCAGCAUCGGUCGACAAAUGUCUAGCUUUCCACUCGAACCGUACUUGUCAAAAAUGUUGAUAAUGUCGGCUGAUGUGGGCUGCUCUGAGGAAAUGUUAACCAUCAUCGCCAUAUUGUCGGCACAAGUUGACAAACUGUUCAAGAGACCAAAGAAGAAGAAAAUGGAAGCCGAUUUAAAGAAGAAGACGUUCGACUGUCCGGAAGGAGAUCACGUCACUCUACUCAAAGUUUACAAUGAAUGGUUACGCCAGAGCAACAUCACAUCCCGAGCCUGGUGCAAGGAAUUCUAUUUGGAUUGGAAAACGCUGGAGGAAGCCUACGAAAUCAGGUGUCAACUGUCGACGAUGUUGGAUGAGAAAAAAAUUCAGAGAAAGAGUUGCGACGAUGAUAUGACCAAAGUUCAGAUUGCAAUCGCUUCCGGUUCGUUCCGUAAAAUUGCCUGGAAGACGUCCCGAUACGCUUAUUUCACAUUUUCGAGUCCGCGAGAUGACCCGGUGCUCAUACAUCCAUCCAGUGUCUUAUUCACAGCCAGUCCGUCAGUGGUGAUUUACAACAGUAUCAUAAAGACGAAAAAGGCGUACAUGAGCCAAGUGUUGCAGAUCGAUAUCGAAUACAUUCAGCGGUAUGCUCCGAAUUUUUACCGGAAGCUUUCACAGGUUCUGCCAUACAAUUUGUGUGACACACACACAAUGGAGGAUGGCCAAUAUGAUGUGUAUGAUUGUGUAUCAAUGUUGCAGGACCAUUAUUGAAAAUUCUAUUUUUAUACAGCUUUUUAAUCGUAAAGUUUUUGAUUGUUAGCGCGGUUGACGAGUCGCGAAUGUUUCGUUUUCCAGUAAAU